AUUUAGUACUUCUACUCUACACAAGUAGUAGCUCUAGUACUACUUCCCCCACAGCCACUACGAUUCAAUCCUCUUCUUCGUUCUUUCAUCCUUCCUGCCCUCCUCAUUAAUACUCCAGCGGACUCCAUUCAUCUUCCACGGUUCCACCUCUUCAAAAAGUUAAAGCCUUUCGCCUUCAUCGACAUGCCCAUUACCUUCUUCUCCUUCCACUAGUUGGACUUCUCAAAAAGCCAUAUAACCAUUUACCCUCUCUCUCUCUCUCUCUCUGCCUUCAGCUCUCGUGCUCCGUGGACAACGAACCCAGUGUUCACAAAUCUGCAGCAGUUUUUGCAGUCUUUUUUCUAAACGGUUUGGAGGCCUUUUACCCUUCAAUCUUCGUCCCUUUGGAGCUUUGAGCAAAUGCCAAAAUCAAGGGGAUCGUCAGAAAUGCCUCAAAGGCAAUCGCCACGAGGCUCGCACACGCUAAGAACAUCAUCCACCUCCGACUCCGUGGGCGCCACCACAGACCGUAGCCCCAAAGUCUCCGACCACCGUCGCUCCCCUCGCGGCGGGCCACAUUCUGAUCCACCAGUGCAGCAGAAGAAGCUUGGCACGCGAAUUGCCGAUCUCGAGUCACAACUAGGUCAAGCUCAGCAAGAGCUCAAGAGUCUGAAAGAACAACUGGCAUCCGCGGAAGCUGCCAAGAAUGAAGCACAGAAGGAGCUCGAGAGCAAGUCCAGUAAGAAACCAACCCAGCCCAAUCCACAACCGGAUGAGGUAGCAGGAGGAGAAGAAGAAGAAGCAGUUCUUGCGCCGGAGGAUAAUGAUCGGGAGGAAACCGACGUGUUUGAAGUUCCUGCAGUGGAAAUCAAGAAGGACGCACCAAAUCCUCCUUCCCCUGAAGUAGAGAUGGCUCUCAAGAAGCAUGAGGAGGAGAUGAAGGAGCUUCGAGCGAAGCAGGAGGAGAUGGAGAAGGAGCUGCUGGUUUCGAAUCAGGAGAAGGAAGAGCUGAGAAAGCAGCUCAAUGAAGCGGCUGCAAGGAUUGAAUGUAGCAAGGCGAAGGAAGAGGAAACGCGAUCAAGGUUGAGUCGAUUGGAGGAAGAGGUCGAGGCGAGCAGAGGGAAUGCAGCGGAGUUGGAGUGCCAGCUGGAGGCGGUGAAGGAAGGGAAGGAUAUGUUGGAAUGUGAGAUGAAGAGGAUGAGAGUUCAGACGGAGCAGUGGAGGAAAGCAGCAGAUGCUGCAGCAGCAGUGCUAGCUGGUGGAAAUGGGAGGUUUGUAUCUGAUCAGAGGUGUGCUUCCAUGGAGAAGCCCUUCGGUGGUGGGAGCAUGUUCGAGACCCCGGCUGGCGGGUAUGGUGCCGGUUACGCUGGUUCUCCUGGGUUUGGUGAUGAUAUGGAUGAAGGGUAUGGAAGUGGCGGGAAGCAGAGGAAGGGAUCUUCAGGGAUCAAGAUGUUUGGUGACCUGUGGAAAAGGAAGACCCAGAAGUGAAAGUGAGUAUGAUAUGUGUGCAACAUAAUGGAGAAUGGUAUUUUUGUUGAAUGGCUACUUGCCAUUCAGGUAAUGUGUCAUGUUUUGUUAAUGGAGAAGAACAAUGGAUGAUGACAAUGAUGGUAUAUCUUUGUUAAAAAUGUUUCAUCAGCUAAAUGUAUGAGUAGACCUUUUCGUUACAAAAGAAACACAGGAGUAAAGACUUCC